AUGUCGUCUGACGACGAUUUUAGCGACGAUGGAGAUAUUGUCUUACUCAAUGAAGUACGCCCAAUUCAGAAUACCAACACAGCCAUCAACAGGUUCUCCGAGGUGCGCAAGAUCGGACAAAGAACGCUUGAUGGUAAUGUGGUGAUGUUCCAACAUGGCGACCAGACCACGAUGUACGAGGAGAUCCGUGAGACCAACGUUCGAUUUGGGCCCACACAUCAUCCAUUGAACUACAGCCAGCUCGAAACGUACAUUUACCCAACCAAUUUGGAAUUAAGAGAAUACCAGUUUGAAAUCGUCAAACAGGCGUUAUACCAGAACGUGUUGUGUGUUCUUCCCACCGGUUUGGGAAAGACGUUCAUUGCGUCGACGGUGAUGCUGAAUUUCUUUAGAUGGACCAGAGACGCCAAGGUUAUUUUUAUGGCGCCAACAAGACCGUUGGUUGCACAGCAGAUCAAGGCCUGUUACGGUAUUACGGGGAUCCCAAGCGACCAAACGGCGAUCUUGCUGGAUAAAACAAGACGCAAUCGUGCAGAGAUCUGGAAGGCCAAAAGGGUGUUCUUCACCACUCCGCAGGUGGUGGAGAACGAUCUGAAAAGCGGGACCUUGAAUCCUAAAGAUAUCGUGCUCCUGGUGGUUGACGAGGCCCAUAGAUCUAAGGGAGCAUACGCAUACAGUGCCGUGGUGAGCUUUUUGAAGAAAUACAAUACGAGUUUCCGUGUUCUGGGGCUUUCGGCCACUCCAGGUUCUGACACUGAGUCUAUCCAGGUGAUUGUCAAUAACCUGUUGAUUUCCAGGAUCGAGGUCAGAACAGAGGAUAGUCCAGAUACAGAGAAGUACAUCAAAGGCCGGGAUAUUUUGAAAUUAGAUUGUGAGAUCACCGACGAGAUUGCAUAUAUCGUGGACCUGAUCUCAGACGCCAUUUUGCCUGUCUUACGAAAGGCCAAUGCUAGUGGAAUCUACGACAUUACAGAUCCAGCGAAAAUCAACCAUUUCCAAGCAAUGGAGAAGUCGCAGAAAGUUAUCAAGAAUCCAACGUUAUCAGAAGGAAUCAAGUGGACCUAUUAUUUCCAAUUGCAACUUUUGGGGACGGUUGGCCAGUUUCUGCGAAGAUUGAUGGUCUAUGGAAUCCACACGUUCUAUUCUUACUUUUUGGACAAGUUCACCGAGUUCACAACCAAGUACGACAACAAGAAGUCCACCAACAAGAUUGCGGCUGGGUUCUACUACCAUGCCAGGAUCAAGGAGCUGAAAAACAGGGUGUACAAGAUGAUCACUGAGGACGAGACGAAAGCGUCCAGAGGAGAAACCAUUAGAGGUGUGUUCUCGCACACCAAGAUGCGAUACAUGGUGGAAGAGCUGGAGAGUUUUUUUGAGGAGCGACAGAAGUCCGACUCCAAGGUGAUUGUGUUCACGGAACUUCGAGAGAGCGCGCUGGAUCUUGUCAAGUGUCUCGAGUCUGCAAACACGACGCUUCGUCGCAAAAACCCGAACGGGCCAAAAGAACCAUUCAGACCGCAUAUUUUCAUUGGACAGGCCAAAGAGAAGGAGAAGUUUGACUCUGACUCGUUUGUGAAGAAGAACGGGCCCAAGAAGCGUGGCCAGAAAAAAGAGCCAGAGCCAAAGAAAGAAACCAAGGUCAAAUCAGAGCUGAAAUUACGGCCCACAGACAGAGUGGGCAGCUCAGAAGAUGCACAACUGCGUGGAAUGACACAGAAGGUUCAAAAAGAGCUGAUUGCCGAGUUCAAGAAGGGCACGUACAAUAUUCUGGUUGCAACCUCGAUCGGUGAGGAAGGACUGGAUAUUGGCGAAGUUGAUAUGAUCAUUUGCUACGACUCGACCUCCUCUCCGAUCAAGAACAUUCAGCGGAUGGGAAGAACAGGAAGAAAGCGAGACGGAAAGAUUGUUCUAUUGUUAUCGAGCAACGAGCGCGAGAAGUUUGAUAAGGCGAUGGACAACUACAGCUGGAUCCAGAACCAUUUGCAAACGGGGAAUAACAUCCGGUUCCACAAAUCUGACCGUAUCAUUCCCAAGGGCUGUGAUCCAAAGCCGGAACGCAAGCUAAUUGAGAUUCCAAAGGAGAACGAGGAGAUUAUCCAGGAAACAGACGAUAGCGACAAGUUUUUGCGUCUGGCUACGCAGUUGAGUACUCGUGGAAACAAGGCUAAAUCCAAGGCGAAAACCAGCAAGAAGUCCACCGACACGCCAGACGAGAAACAGCCCUCGAUCAAGACAUUCUUCAUGCCUGAAGGUGUGGAGACCGGCUUCAGAUCCGCUAGUAAGCUUGUUCGCAAGACCACGGCGUCGGAUCCAGAACCAGAGGCCAAGAAACGGAAACUUCUGGAGGACUUAUCUGAUCUGGGCGAGUCCGACGACGAGGAGAUCAAGCUACGAGACCUUUUCGGUUCCUCGGAGAACGCGCGUCGUAGCUCGAGCGCAAUGGGGUCCACGAUUGGGCAGUCGAUUCUGCUGGCGAGCGAGGAGCCCGAGGAGCCGCAAAAACCCAAUAAGCCGAUCGAGCAACCGAAGGAAUCGAUUCUGAUUGAUCUGGACGAGUUUUCAGACGACGACUUCAGUUCGAUGAAGAUCGAUACGGGCAAGGCCAGGACGUCGUCCUCGGACCAGUCGCCUCCUCUUGAUAGUUUCACCGACGAUACAGACCCGGGACUGAUGAAACAGGUGGAAGAAGUGGUGGAAGAAUCGGACAACGAUUUCAAAGAAGGGUGUUCCAUCGAGGAGGAUAUCUCGAAGAUGGGGACUCAGAUCAAGAACGUGCGGUCGUCACCAGUCAGAGAAACACCCGAGCCUGUUUACCAGCACGUAUUAUCGUCCGUUUCAAAAUUGACUCCGGUGAAACUGGCCUCGUUCAGACAGUCUGCUGCCAAACCAAAAGAUCCAGUAUACAAGUCGCAGUUCGCAGACGAGGACGGGUACAUGACUCCUGAGCAAGAAUUGGAGUUCUACACACGGUAUUUUGUCAAGAUCCAGCCUCCAGAUUUCAACCAGCUUGACAAUCCGCUUGAAGGUAUUUUGAAAGGAGCGGUAGCCGGUAAUCUAGGGCACUCUCGAUCUGUCUCGUCGCUGGUUGGCGUUGUGAAUCUGUUCAACGACAAGUACAAGCUCGACCGACUGGAACGAGAAAUGCGCGACUAUAGCAGAAGAAACCAGCUUAUCGAUUUCAACGACGAUAGCAUUCUGUCGGAGAUGAUUGUUAACGACUGA